GUCUUUCUCCUCCUUAGUUUAAAGAUACACCACUCACUGCAGCUCUUUGAGUCUGCCCAGCAGCUAAUUUUGGGCCAUUCUCAUUGAUGGUUUUCCCUGUGUCUUGUGUUGUGCUUUUGAGUCAAGUUUCACAUUCACCUUGUCACUCCCAGUCAACCAUUUGUAGUAAUCUCACCAUGACCACAACCUAACAUAAAAAAAGAAGAAUGCUCAAUUGUAAAAAAUCAAGAUAUUACUCGCAAAGCCAGAAUAACGUCACAAUUGGAACCAAUUCUACUUGACUACCACAAACGGAACACUCUUGAACUGAUAGGCUCAACCAUGGCCAUACCAAAAGAGCGAAUCCUUUUUGGAUUACUUGUUAUUAUGUGUUGCAAUCAUUCCAUCCGGUCAGAAUAUUCAUGGAGUGGAUCAGAUUGGGUUUGGGUGGAAGACUCGCCAAAUACCAACUCAAAAGACGCCAACGACGAAGGCAGUGGAAGCCCCCGAGUCAACAACAAUCCAAUUGUGACAGACGACAUUGAUGUGGAGGACGGAGUGGAUGUCUCGUCUGGCUUUGGCGUAGAAGAAGAAGAAGUAGUUGAGAGCAUGGAUGAGAUGCCCAACGCAAAAUCCAACGAUAAAGAUAUAUUCAUUGAAGCACCAGAGGGAGAAGUCAAGCAACCCUCGCCUACCACUUAUGAUGAUCCAAAUAGUCGGACCCCCUACAAUCCAAAUAUUAAUUUAGAACCUUCCGAUGCCAAGAACACAUCGUUCUUUGCCCAACCUGGAACAUUGGCAGCCGUGGUUGGAGGGGCAGUAGUUGGCUUGUUAUGUGCCAUUCUUUGCGUUAUGUUUGUUGUAUACAGGAUGCGGAAAAAAGAUGAAGGUUCUUAUGCCCUCGAUGAACCUCAAAGGUCAGCUACUAUAACAACAUACGCAAAAAAUCCGAACAGAGAAUUCUACGCAUAACUCGUGCGACUAUUAUACAUUCUAAAAUUGUCUUAUAACUCAUUAAUGAAAUAAACAAGUUUUUAGCAAUA